GAUACUCGUAUGGCAAAUGCUAGGCCGUUAGCGUCAGAUAUGAAUGAUCCAGAGCUACAGGCUCAUGAGUACGUACGUCGGAAAGACUGGUUUAAUGCUAAGGAACUUUUUGAUCAACUUUUGCUUUCAGCGCUGAACAAAGGCACUCCAAAAGAAAAAGUUGUAUCGUUUCUUCUAGCACGCUCCGAAUGUUGUGUGGAACUCGGGUUGCAUGAAUUAACUGUUUCAGACUGCCGACAUAUAAUCAAACUCACGUCUGAUACGGAUACUGUAAAUCACAAUGGAGCAAGAGCGAGACGUCGUUUGGUACAUGCAUUGUUUUCCUUGCAUAAAUUUUCUGAAGCCGAAACAGCAGCAAGAGAAUGGGUAGAUUCAAGUACUGGAGGACCAAGCCUUCAAGAAGCAGCGAAAGUCUUGGAACGCAUUCGGAUUGUGCUUCAGAUGGUGAAGGGCCAGAAAACAAAUAAUCACAAACAUGUACCGCCUCAACAAAGAUUGGAACCAGAGCCCAGUGUAGAAACAAAAAUUGAAAAUUGGCCUGGAUUGGAAGUUGUUGAUCGACAACGAAGAAGCAGGAAACAUCCCGUAGAACUUUUAGCUGAAUCGAGUGAACAGCAUCCUGUUGUACAAGAUGGUUUGGUACCUGCGUUUACUUUGGAACCUUUAAGGGGAAAGCAAACAGUGGAAGUUUUGCCUACAGAAUGUGCCAGAUCAUCAACUCAGUCUCAACAAAUUAAUAAAGUGCCCUCGGCAGUCAAUAAAGAAAACAGCAAUGACCAGAAAACGGCUUGUAGUUAUUGCUGUCUCAAUUUCCCUGAUCGAGCUGCACUGCGUGCUCAUUGCCAGACACCUGCACAUCAAACGGUUAUCAUGUCAGAUGAAGGGAGAGACUGGCAGUUUCGCCCACCCCCACGUGGUUUUACAGCUGAUACUUAUAGUUUAUGUGAAAGUGGCACACACUGCCGCUACGGUAACCAGUGUGUGGAAGCUCAUUCUGCCGAUGAACUGGCUGAAUGGCGGGAGCGGUUUGAAUAUCGACGGAUGAAGAUACAACGAGCCUGUGAGAAGGAACUUUUUGGAAAAUCAUAUACAGAGCAAUUACUCGAGAGGUGGAUACAAGCGCCAAGCCCUGAGAAAGUUAUGCGGGAAAAGUUGGAAGGAGUGGAAGAUAGUUGUUCAGCAGAUCUUAUCACAACUAUUUCAUCAAAAGUUAGUCAUAAAGAGUGGAAAUUUGUGCUCCACACAAACCAAAGGCUCCAUGUCAUUGCCCUGCUGCAAGAUGCCCACCGAAAUCAUUUCUCCAUCAGGAAUAUUUCAACUAAGGAAAGAGAUGGGAAGCAAGUUGGGGAGUGGGUACCCACAAAUGAUCAAGAAUGGACGGCAGGGCCUUUGCCAGACAACAAUGAUUUUCAACAGCUGGAGCAUACUAUCAUUAUUGCGUUUACCACUGAUAUUUAUGGCACAUUUCGGCAGUCUGUUGUAUUUGACCUAGGGGGUGAGCCAGUGUUGGUGCGCCAUCUAUGUGUUGAUGUUGUACCAGUAACGGAUGUUGAUAGAGUACGUGAAGUAAGACACGAAAUUGUACUGAAGUCUGCAGAGCGCUGGGAUUCCAGCAAUUCCACAAUAAUAAAAUUUGAACAUCCAUCAGGAAAUAAUAAUGAUGAACAUGAUGACGGAGACAGUGUUCCUUCUGAUGAUGGUGAGCGUGAACGAGAUUUAUUGAGCGCAUAUCCUAGCCCUCGGGCUGAUACGUUCACUAUAACACAGUCAACAUUAACGGAAAAGAAGUUAACACGAAACAAUUACAGAGCACGCAUGCAUGAACUGCUGUGUGUCGAGGAAAUGGCACGCUAUGAGCAGGUGGCUUUAUACAAUUUAACAGCAAAGCUUCACUUGGCAAGUUGCUAUUUGCUUGCUCCUAGUGGUACAUCUGCAAGUACAGCUAAGUAUGCACGGCCUGGAGAAUUAUUUGCUGUUUUGAACCUUGGAAAAGAUGUUUCUGAGGACACAUCUGCUGGACGAUUGAUUCUGAAUAACUGCACCACAGUAUUGCUCUCUGUAACUGGAUCAGAUAAAAACAAAGGUCAGUCUGCAAUGGCAGAAGACAGAGACCGAGCAGCUGUGAACAAACUCAGAGUGGUGUAUGAGGCACUUGUUGAAGAUAAGGGAAAAAAUAUCAUUUAUUUGCGUUUGUCGGCUGACACUGUUGGAUCUCUUCAGUUGAGAUCAGAUACUGAUCUGAGAGCUGAUGUGCAAUUUCAACUGAAUCGUAUACCGUACUGUGAGUGGCAUUAUGCUGUUGAUAAAAUGUCAGACUUCCGGAUUAUCUUCCCAGAUACUUACCUGGAGCCAAGCAUACCAUGGACACCUCAGAGGCAGUGGAGCGAUAUUCUUGACCCAAAACUGAACUUGAAGCAAAAGGAAGCUAUUGUUGCCAUCACAACACCAGUCACCUACGCACUGCCACCAAUUCUCAUCAUAGGGCCCUUUGGCACUGGGAAGACUUACACUUUAGCACAAGCCAUCAAGCAUUUACUUUUGCAGUCGGGUACACACAUCCUAGUCUGUACACAUUCUAACAGUGCAGCGGACCUUUACAUCAAAGAUUAUCUUCAUCCAUAUGUGGAGGCUGGUAAUGAAUAUGCAAGACCUUUAAGAAUCUAUUACCACAAACGAUGGGUUGCAACUGUAAACCAGGUUGUGCAGAAGUAUUGUCUAAUAGAUGUUAAAGGAGGAGUGAAAUCAUUUCGUAUUCCCACAAGAGAGGAUAUUAUGAAGCACAGGGUUAUUGUUGUAACUCUGAGUAUCUCAAUGUACCUAUCAACAUUAGGUUUGCCAAAAGGUCAUUUCUCUCACAUUCUUCUUGAUGAAGCAGCACAAGCAAUGGAAUGUGAAGCAAUAAUGCCACUGGCUUUGGCCAGUUCAGAAACUCGUAUUGUAUUGGCUGGAGACCAUAUGCAGUUAAGUCCAGAACUGUUUUCCGAUUUUGCCAAGGAGCGUAAUCUUCAUGUAUCUUUAUUAGAAAGGCUGUAUGAUCAUUAUCCUGCAAGUUUUCCGUGCAAAAUCCUUCUGUGUGAAAAUUACCGUGCUCAUGAGGCUAUUAUACAGUUCACAUCAGAGUUGUUUUAUGAGCAAAAAUUGGUCAGCAGUGGAAAGCAACCAAGACAUGAAAAGUUUUAUCCACUUACUUUUUUUACAACUCGAGGAGAAGAUAUUCAAGAUCAGAAUUCAACCGCUUUCUAUAACAACUCUGAGGUGUAUGAAGUUGUUGAACGUGUGUGUGAACUGCGCAAAAAGUGGCCUACUGCAUGGGGAAAAAUGGAUGAUCAGAGUAUUGGAAUAAUGACACCUUAUGCUGAUCAAGUUUUUAGAAUUCGCUCGGAACUACGAAAAAGGAGAAUGGGUGGUAUUUCAGUGGAACGUGUUCUCAAUGUCCAAGGCAAACAAUUUAGAGCCAUUUUCCUGAGUACAGUGCGGACACGCCGUACUUGUUUGUCAGGAACAAAAGGUUCAACGAGUGAAAUGGACUAUGGAUUUUUAUCCAAUUCAAAGCUACUUAACACUGCGAUAACACGGGCUCAGAGCCUCGUAGCAGUUGUUGGAGAUCCUGUCGCUCUUUGCUCCAUUGGAAGAUGCAGGAAAGUAUGGGAGCGUUUUAUAGAAAUAUGUAACCAAAAUAAGAGCCUCUUUGGUAUAACAUGGGCACAUUUGCGGAGUCAGCUGGACACAGUUGAAUUGAAGAAGACAUAUACAUUAAAUCCACUUGCACCGGAGUUUGUGCCACGGCAGUAUCAGGCUGAGUCAUAUAUAAGGCUUCCAACUCUAUUGGGGCCAUUUAGUUCGCCUCCCCAGCCUUUUGUUCGAAUUCCUGCCCAGCCUCCCCCAAUCACAGCUAUUCCACCCCCACCAUAUGUACCGUACCAUGUACAUCCUGCAGCUGUGUACUAUUAUAAUCAGCAGGCACAGCCUCCAGCUCCUCCACCUGGUAUUUCGGCUGCUCCAGGAUUUUUCCCUUUGAGGCCACCUCCUUCAGUUUUUCCCGUGGCACAAAGCACUGGCACUCUUCCGCCUCCUCUAAACCCUUGGGCAUUAAGCAUUCCAUUGAUGUCUCCAUCUGCGCCAACAUUGCUACCUAGGAAAAGACAAGUUCGACCUGGUCCUCAGUCAGCACCAGACGAAUGUGGACCUGGUUGCGUAAUUCCUGCUGCCAAUUUCUUGCGUCCAUCAAAUCUGGGAUUGGGAGAUCCUGCAGUAGCAGCAAAUUUGUCUGCACCAACUACCACAACAAUUCCAGGAAUAGAUCUGUUAGGAGGACGAUCUGUAGCAGAUAAGCCUGAGCAAAUACAGUUUCUGCAAAAUGUUCACUUUCCUGAACGACAGUUGGCACAGGGUGAUUAUACCAACCUCCUCCCUCCUGGUGUAAGUCUUACAGACAUGCUUCAGUCACAGGAAAGGCAAUUACAGUGGUAUCAUCAGUUGCUUGACUCCUUUGCACCUGAAGUAGCCAACAGGUUUCUUGAAUUGCUGCGCAUGGCAAGUAGGAAGCAAGUGAGUCCCGUACAAGAUCUAGCAAGAACACUGGAUGAGAUUCUUGGUGAUAAGACGCAGCCUACUUUCCAGCAAGUACAGUGUAACCCACUGGUGCAGAACUUCCCAAACAUUAUACUCGAGAAAGCAGUGGAACCAAAUGCAACGUGCAACACGAAACAAUUUUCGCUUCAUGAAAGUGAGCUGCGCCGGCUGCAACAACAGCAGUUACUGCUAUUGCAACAGCAGCAGCAGCAACGGCUACAGCAAAAUAUACAACAGCAACAGCCGCAGCAAUCACAAAGUGUGCAACAGCAGCCACAAGGUACACAGCAGCAGCUGCCAACGAGUGUACAGCAGCAGCUGCCAACGAGUGUACAGCAGCAGCUGCCAACGAGUGUACAGCAGCAGCUGCCAACGAGUGUACAACAGCAACCACCAACUACUGCACAGCAGCAGACUCUGCCUGUCCAGCAGCAACUGCCGACGAUGGUGCAGCAGCAGCCGCCACCUUUGAGUACACAUCCACCACUAUCUGGUGUACAACAGCCACUACCAUUGGCAGGUGUAAAUCAGCCACUGCCUGGUCUGCAGCAGCCACUGCCAGGUAUGCAGCAACCCCCACCAAGUAUUCAACAGCUGCUACCAAGUGUACAACAGCAGACAGCAGGCAUGCAACAACCUCAACCAGUAAGUGCACAGCAACAAACUCCAAGUGUACAACAGCAGCAACUGACUCUACAACACCAGCAGCAACUACAACUGCAGAACAUACAGCAGCAACAAAUUCGUUUUCAUCAUCUGCAGCAAAUGCCAUUGCAACAGCUACAGCAGCAGCAACAGUCUCAAGAACAACAACAGCAGCAGCAGCAACAGCAACAACAACAGUUUCCACAUCAGAUUUUUGUGAACUCACUGACUCUGGCACCUCACAUGCAACCACAAUCCCCUCAGCAGUCUGUGCCCCUGUACCGCCGCCAGGCCGCUUUAUCGAAUCAAAUAUCCUCUCAGAGAGAUCUAUGCUGUAUGCUAGACAAUAUGACUGACAGGAGCCUGUCUGGGAGCAGUGGUGGCAGCACCAGUGGAGCAUUUGCUGGCUAUGCUCGUGCUGCUGUAAGUGUGGGUUUGCAGAUGCAGCAGCCGUUAGUGCAGAGUGUAGUUAGUUCAGAAUCUGGGGCAGAUGGUGAGAAGAAAUCUGCACCGAGAGAAAGUGAUAGCAGUGGUGAUUGUGGCAUUGGACAGCAGCCGGGUCCUACUUAUGCGAGUGUGGUGAGGGCACAGCCACAAGUAGGUGCUGGUGGAUCAGGUAUCAGAGAUACUGGUGGACAGCCUGGCAGUGGUGAAAAUGGAAGAAGAGGGAGUGGAGCAGUGGGAGAUCCAUUUGCCGUUUUACGUACACUAGGGUCACGUGGGUCUGAUGGUGCUAACCCUGGCCUGUACCGUUACUUCUCUUAAGGCAGCAGCUUUGCAAGAGCAAUUUUAAUGUACUCUACUUUUGUAAAAGAAGGAAAAUGAAAAAAAGGAAAAGAUUUUCUGUGUUGUCCUGUGACACACAAUUAUACCUAAAACAUGAUUUGUAGAAACAUUACGUAUGUGAUGUGAAACAUAAUUUUUACCUACAUUAUGCCAUUACAUUACAUACAUUUAUAGUAUGUACGAAGUGGCAAAAAAAAUGGGUUUCUGGGACUAAUGACUCUUUUUAAAAUGUACAAUUACUAGAAUAUGUUUUCUAGUAACAGAGAGAGGUUCUGAAAUUUUACAUAUGUAAUUUAAGACUGGAUCAUUUGUCCACAAAGGUGGUUGCAGUUGCGAUAAACAA